ACGUUAUUAUCUCAACCUUGUUAAAUUACUUGGACGUUGAUUUUUGAUGCCGAAAUAGUUCCUACUUUACUGCGUGUUUCCGGACAAUUAAUUAUGUAACACAGUCUGUCUCGCAAACAUCCGCUGUAGUUUGCAGGAUUAUGAAAGCAUGACUAGCGACUACGUUGUAACUGCGCCAGUGUGAAUAGCCAGAUGGCCUUGUUUGGAUGGCUUAUUUAGGACCUCGGCUGGGACGGUCACGAGUCUUUAUCCCCGGUGUGUCCGCGUUCAGACUCCUCGGUACGCUCGGGAUGGCUGACAUGGGUCUGGCGGUGAGUCGUUCCCCGCUGGAGCGGCUCGACUUCGACAACGUCGCCCUCAAGAAACUUCCCCUGGACUCGUCCGAGGAGCCGGGACAGCGGCAGGUGAAGGGAGCGUGUUUCUCUCUGGUGAAGCCGCAGCCGCUGACCAAGCCUCGGUUCGUGGCCGUGUCCCACGAAGCCCUGGCGCUGCUGGGGCUCAGCGGAGAGGAGGUCAUGAACGAUCCGCUCGGGCCAGAGUAUCUUAGCGGAUCCAAAGUCAUGCCCGGAUCCGAGCCCGCAGCUCACUGCUACUGCGGCCACCAGUUCGGCCAGUUCGCCGGGCAGCUGGGCGACGGGGCAGCCUGCUACUUGGGGGAGGUGAAGGUGCCACCCGGCCAAGAUCCCGAACUGCUGCGGGAAAACCCGAGCGGCCGGUGGGAGAUUCAAGUGAAAGGAGCUGGAUUGACUCCUUUUUCCAGAACAGCUGAUGGGCGUAAGGUCCUGCGCUCCAGUAUAAGAGAGUUCCUGUGCAGUGAGGUGAUGUUCUUCCUGGGUGUUCCCACCACCAGAGCGGGCUCCGUGGUGACCUCGGACAGCAGGGUAAUACGAGAUGUGUACUACAGCGGGAACCCCCGGCAUGAGAGGUGCUCUGUGGUCGUCCGAAUUGCUCCCACCUUCCUCAGGUUUGGAUCCUUUGAGAUCUUCAAGCGCGCCGACGAGCACACGGGCCGCCAGGGUCCCAGCUACGGACGUGAUGAGAUCCGAGGUCAGAUGCUGGAUUAUGUCAUCGAGAUGUUUUACCCUGAGAUCCAGCAGAAUCACCCAGACAGGGUGGAGAGGAACGUGGCUUUCUUCAAAGAGGUGAUGCGCCGCACGGCUCGACUCGUGGCUCUGUGGCAGUGUGUAGGUUUCUGCCAUGGAGUCCUGAACACAGACAACAUGAGCAUCCUGGGACUCACGCUGGACUAUGGUCCAUACGGCUUCAUGGACAGGUUUGAUCCAGAUUUCAUUUGCAAUGCCUCCGACAACUCCGGCCGCUACUCCUACCAGGCCCAGCCAGCUAUCUGCAGGUGGAACCUGGUGAAGCUGGCGGAGGCUCUCGCUCCAGAGCUGCCCCCCGACCGGGCUGAGAACGUCAUGGACGAGUACCUGGACCUGUAUAACGGCUUCUACCUGGAGAACAUGAGGAAGAAGCUGGGCCUAUUGAAGAAGGACGAGCCCGAGGACGAGAUCCUGAUCACCGAGUUGCUGCAGACCAUGCACAACACAGGUGCUGACUUCACCAACACCUUCCGUAGCUUGAGUCAGAUUUCCUGUCCCACUGAGGGAGAAAGUGAGGAAGAAGAGCAGCUUGUCAAGAAAGCCACAGACCUCCUGCUGGAGCAGUGUGCCUCCUCAGAGGAGCUCAAGGCUGCCAACAAACCCACUAUGGAUCCACGUGAGCUGGCGAUGCUGCUCUCUAUGGCUCAGAGCAACCCAGCGCUGUUCCAGAUGAUCUCAGACCGGACGACAAUUGCAAGGCAGUUGGAGCGACUCAGCAAACUGAAAGACCUGAUGGAGACCAGCCAGGAAGAGCUGAAAACCCAACAGGCGGAGGAGUGGGGCCGCUGGAUCACGCGCUAUAGGAAGCGUCUGGCCCGGGAGAUGGAAGGCCAUAGCGACGCGCAGGCCGCGCAGGAGGAGAGGGUGACGGUGAUGGACAGCGCCAACCCUCGCGUGGUGCUCAGGAACUACAUCGCCCAGAAUGCAAUUGAGGCCGCUGAGAAUGGAGACUUCUCUGAGGUCCAGCGAGUCCUCAAGGUUCUGGAGAAGCCCUUCUCUUCGCAGCCAGGUCUGGAGCUUCCUGCAUGGGUGGGCGGAGGCCCGGCCACCGAACGGGGCGAGAGGGAUGAAGGGGACGAGCAGCUGCGAGAGUCCACAGCCAGGAAUCCUGUUCCCUAUGACAGCAAGCCCCCAGCUUGGGCCCAUGAAAUCUGUGUCACAUGAUCUUCAUAAUAACUUCCUUGAUUGUUCGCUUUCCUGCCUAAAAUGAUAAGAGAGUUGAUUGUUUUUUUUAGUUCAUAUCUGUGCACCUUCUAGGUCUCUUCCACUCACUGUACCAACUCUCUGUUACUUUGGCGGGAAGCGUCAGGGAAGUUAGCACGAGGCACGUCACCCCAUCGGCUACCUAGCUGAUAACAAGGCAGACAGGGAGCGAGUUGAGCUUAGUGGUACCAAUGCAUCCAGAUACAAAUACGAUGUGAUGUCAGGUGAAAAUCUUUUUACCGUAUCUGAAAUGUGCCAGGGAGCGGCUUUGAAGUGAUUACUAUCUUCCAUUGUUUGACAUUUCUGCUUAAAACGUUGUUACAGUGUGCUUUAACAUCAGAAGUGACUCAAUAUGAGGCAUUUGAUAGAUAUUUUUAAGGGGGAAUUCUUGUGGAGGCCGUUGAAUGAAAGAUAUAUAUAUUAAAAAAAAAAAAAAAGAAAAGAUAACUGGCACAUAACAAAAGAAACAUCCAAAUGACUUUACAAAGAAAGCCCUCAGCUCAUUCCCUGCCUGCCUGGUGUUUGGCUAGCUAUUAAUGACGACUCAGACAAUAAGUCCUACAGGGACCUGCCUGACUCCGACUAACUGUAAGGUGUCGCCUCAACAUCUACCAAAGUGUGUGUGUGUGUGAGAGUGAGAGUGAGAGUGAGAGUGAGAGUGAGAGUGAGAGUGAGAGUGAGAGUGAGAGUGAGAGAGUGAGAGAGUGUGUUUGCACUUGAUCCAAUAAGCCGCAGUACAUAAACACGCACAAUAUAUUCUCCUAUAACAGGAAACCUUGCCUUUUCUCUCUGUCAUAGCAUCACUACAUAGGCUCCGAGCCACAAACAUAACUUACCCCUUUUGUUACCUAACAUGUUUAGCAAGCGUCAGAGUGAAACGACAGUUGAUCCAGAGUUGAGCAAAUGAAAAAUGGGAACUGCAUGUUCUGUUUAACUAUUUUAGUCAGGUUGUGACCAUGCAAACUUCGAAAGGGUUUGUAGAUUGUGCCACAAAUGUGAUUCCAUCAUGAAAAAAAAAAAACAUUCACCACCAUUCAUAAAUAUUUUUUUUUAACCAAAUAUUUUUUUUCGCAGAUACAUUCAGAUUUGUUGUCAAAAUUAGGCUGUUAAACUUUCACACACAAAGUGACAAAUAUGGACCAUGACAUUUGAUUAUGUUCCAGAGUUUUAUUUUCCCCUCACUAAAUAUGAAACACAUUGUUGAUAUGUUCCUCAGCUAUAGCCUAAUAAACUGAGCAGUCAAUACACAA